GAUGUCCUUGAAACCAUUCACCUAUCCAUUGCCCGAAACAAGAUUUUUUCAUGCUGGCAGGCAUGUGUACAAAUUUAAAAUCCGGUAUGGCAACUUCAACAGCUCUCCCAGUCUCAGUCUCACUGAAAGUGCUGCCAAGGAGUUGGAGGAAGUGAUUCGAGUAAUCCUUGGAAAUCUUGAUAAUUUACAUCCAUUUUCUACAGACCACUUCACCAUCUUUCCAUAUUUGAGUAAAUGGGAGCGAGUAUCAAAAAUGAAAUUCAAACAUGAGAAUGUCCAUCUUGUGCCUUAUCCCUACAUUUGCACGUUGUAUCUAGAAUUGAACUCAUUUCAGCGAAACAUAUCUUGUGGUAAAGAAGUAAACAAGGGCAGUGAUGAGCUUGUCAGGAAAAGAAAUGAAAUGUCAGAAAGUACUGCAAUGAAAGAAGCAGUGAAGAGGAGAAGAGUGGAAGUCAGAGAUGAUACCUCAUGCCCACAGUCUUGUAUGGACAGAACUGGAGCUGACUGUGUUCACCACAUGAGUAAAGCAGAGCAAGGAUUCGAAAAGAAUUCCUCCAAAGCAAAUGAGCUUGAGUUCAGCCCAGCACCCCUUACUAAAGACUGUGACCAACUGGGUUUCUGGGGGCCUGUGGAAUUUGCCCUUGAACAAAAAAGAGUAGCUGUCAGUCAGGCUGAGGGUGCAGUCCAGCUGCUGCAGCAAAUGGACCAAACAGGAAAGAAAGGAAACAUGAAGUCAGAAGGAAGAGGUCUCUCACGGUUUUGGAGAAGGUACUAAUCCUACACUGAUGAGCAGAGGCAGUCCUGGCUCUGUCCAAGCCUGCAUUAAAGGCUGAUUCUGCAGUGCCAGGUUGUUCUCCAUAAUUUUGAAGGACAGAGACAUUUUUUCUGUGGUUAAACCCAAGUCUCCCAAGGCAAAAAAAGGGGAUGUCAUUUUAUCUCAUGCUAAGGGGCAGCAUUACCACUAAAUGUUCCUCUUCUGAACUGUCUUUGGGAAAAACUCCUGAUGAGAGAGGGUCACUGAACCUCCAUCAUAGCCCUUAUACAAACUGGCUUUUCUCAGCUGAGAAGUGCCAGCUAAAAGAGUCUUCCUGGAUGGAUCAGCCCCUGAAGCUGCAUGUGACCUUUAUUUGGCCAUUGAACAAAUCUGGACUUUGUAACUCUGACUCCCAUUUUAAAUGGAAAUCAGUGUCACUGUUCAGACACUUGCUGGCUGGCCAAAGGAGCUCUCUUAUGCUACUGAGGCUGGAUCCUGUGAGUUCCAUCCAUCACUGCACAGAACCAGGUGGAUAUUGGCAGCUGCUGUUUUUUGAUUUUUUUUAAAAAAAUAAAACUCCUUGUUAAUUGAAAUGUAUGUGUGCCAUUCCUUUAAUGACUGAGACCAGACCAUUAGUGCACAAGUUAUUAAUUGUUUCCUCUAUUUUUUCAGUUUCCAUCUGUAUUGUUUUGUACUGGCAUUGUGUCCUUCUGUCGGACAGAAAUUAGCUUUUUUCCCGAUAUUCAGAGAAGUAUUUUAAGUCUAACGUGCUCUUCUUGUUGUUACUGUUUCCCCAGCAUCAUCUUUUCGCCACUACAACAUCUUUUUGGUGGAAAAAACUGACCUGGAAGUACUAAUUGUUGUGGAAAGGUAGAUUUGUAGUAUGAAUAUUGGGUUGCACUGUUUCUUCUGUAAGCAUUGUAAAGCUUUCUUAAAAGCAUUGCUUGUCUCAGCUAUUAAAUGCUUUAAAUUCUACUUUUCUAAUGCUUUCAAAGUAACAUUCCGAAGACAUUGGGUUAGAACAACAUGUUGGGUUUUUCUUCACAUCUUAGAGGUUUUGGAAUAGAGCAAGAAACUUUAAGAU